AUCAGGAACCUCUACCUCACAAUCGAGAGGCGAGCACAAAGAAAUCAAAUUGGUUUAUACUAGCUCGUAAAAACGAUAUUGGAUAUUGGAGUCAUAAACUCUUGGAACCGACUACCAGAAGAAUUGGUGUCUGCAACCUCACCUGACUCAUUCAAGAAGGGUUUGGAACAACACAGAAAUUUACCAGAAAAGGAUUAACAUAGGCUCCAAGUCUUCUUUCCUCAACCAAUAAAUCUGAAUCUGAUAUCUGAAUACUGAACAAAAAGUGUGGGUUGUUUAAACAUUGCGACACAACCAUGGCUGAAAAUGAUGUGAUUAAACUGAAAACAGUGCCUGUUACACUUCUGAAAAGAAGAAAACGGGUUGGCAAGGAUAUCAUAAAACAACAGCGAGUACGUGCUGAAGAGAUACGCAAGCGUGCUAAGAAACGGAGGAGUCAAAUACGACCACCGGUUCAUUUCAUCAGAAGGAGUAUCAAACGAACACAAGAUCAGCUGCGCUUGGAAAGACUUGUCAACAGGAAGCCUCCCAUCUUAUCAGCUGACUACCCAAAGCUGGGAGUUGUAAUUAGAUUGAAGCAAGAAGUUGACCAAGUUUCAAAUGUCUGCAAGAAUGUGUUUCGUUUGUUGCGCCUUGAUACGUACAAUCAAGCUGUCUUUAUCAAAGUUACCGAGGCAACUCUCGAACUUUUAAAUAUUGCUUCACCACAUAUUGCAUGGGGAUAUCCGUCAAUACAGGUAGUUCGCGAUAUGGUUAUGAAACGUGGACGCACGAUGCUUGGAAGACAUAAACACUCGAUAGAUAACAAGAUAAUAGAAGAGAAAUUGGGUUAUUGUGGGAUAUUGUGCUUAGAAGAUAUCAUCCAUGAACUUGUAACAAUCGGUCCGAAUUUCAAAGCUGUUCAGCGCUUUUUGUGUCCAUUCAAACUUAUGCCAUCCAGUCGGGAUUGGAUGUCAGGUUCACGAAGAUGUCACGCACGCUCUGACUUUUUGACUGCUUUUCGCGAGGAACAAAUCAAUGAAAUGAUUCGUAGAAUGAUUUAAGAGCACAAAUAAAUAGUGUCAAUUAACUUUUAUCUCUGUUCUUUUAUAUGCAUUUGUUAUAAAUUGGAAGCCUG